ACAGUGUCCAUUUAGUCGCGGCAGAAAAAUAACCAUUGAAAGUUAUUAUAUCUUUUUCAGCUAUAUAUUAUUCAUUGAGUGUACGUUUUUCAAGUUAAAAUAAAUAUUUUAAUAUAAUUAUUAUUUUGUUAUGUGAUCGAAACUAAUUAUAUCUCUUAUGCUUGAAUAGCUUAGCUUUUAUUCAAAGUCUGCUGGAUUCAUUUUAUUCGUGCAGAAUGAAACGAUCAUCCGCUCCAAGUCGAAGACAUUUCAAUCCUCCUUUGUCGAAGGUUUCAAAGGUGUCUUCGAAUCCAUCGUCGUUAAAUCAAGAAAAUCAACCGAUAGAAAAGAACGAAUCUGAGAAACCUUCGAAUAAUUCAACGGAAGAACCUAAAAAGGAGUUUGAUAAGAAUUCCAAAUAUUUUAACGUUGUGUGGUGUAAAUUUUCAAAGAAGAAGCAUAAACAAUGGGAAGGAGAUGCGGUUCUGAUAAUUGAAGGGAGAUCAGUUAAUCUCUUGGAUAUGGAUGGUAAAAGUAUUGGAAAAAGUAGUGGCUACAAAGCCAGUGAUUUGAAUUCGCUGAAAGAAGGUGAGACAUUAGGGGUUGGAGGGAAACAGAUAGAAGUUAUGGGCACUAUAAAAGCUGAAGAUUUUGAGUCAGGAAAGUGUUUUGGUUCUGCUCCACAAACUGUUCUUGCAGUUUCAAAAACUUCCACAUCGAGUCGAAAGCCGUUUGUCAAUCCUUUGAAAAAUUCUCAGGCCCAUUCGCCAAUCAAAAAGGUCUUAAAGGAGCCAAGAUUCGAUCCUACCACUCCAGAUGCUUUAGUUAUGCCAGAACAUCCAAACAAAGCAUGUAUCGAUCUAGAUACUGUAUCAGUUGUUGUAGAUCCUCACCUUUCUCGUCAUUUAAGACCUCAUCAAAGGGAAGGUGUAUCUUUUAUAUACAAAUGCAUUAUGGGCUAUCAAGAAUUAUCUGGAGGAAGUGGGGUCAUUCUUGCGACUCUUCUUAAGCAGGGACCAUUUGGAAAACCUAUUCUGAAGAAGAUCUUGAUUGUAACACCUAGCAGUCUUAUUAAAAACUGGGAAAAGGAAUUUCGUAAAUGGCUUGGAACUGAAAGACUGAGAGUUUUUGCGGCAGGAAUUGAUAGUAAACCUGAUGAGUUCAAGAAGAACCUACUUCUCCCAGUAUUGAUAAUUUCUUAUGAAUCAUUAGUAAGAUAUAUUGACAAUGUAAAAGAAGUAAACUUCGAUUUAAUUGUUUGUGAUGAGGGACAUCGCAUUCCAUGUACAAGAAGAAUUGUUUUGUCUGGAACACCAGUUCAGAAUGACUUACAGGAACUUUUUUCAAUAGCCGAUUUUUGCAACCCUGGAUUAUUGGGUAAUAGUGCAUCAUUUCGAAGAUUGUAUGAAGAACCGAUCGUUAAAUCAAGAAUGCCCAGUGCUGAUAAGGAGCAAAGAGCUCUGGGAGAGAAAAGAGCGAUUGAGUUGGGCCGUAUAACGUCACUAUUUCUUCUGAGACGUACUUCAGAAGUGAACCGGCAAUAUCUCCCACCAAAAGUGGAGAUCGUUAUAUUUUGCAGACCAGUAGAACUACAAAUGAAACUUUAUGAAAAACUAUUAUCAUCCGGUGUAGUAAAUGAAUGUAUACAUACUUCUGAUUCAGCCCAACAUCUUAUGCUUAUUUCCGCGCUGAAAAAAUUGUGUAAUCACCCCAGUUUACUGUAUCGGGACGAUAUUAUAGACGAUGAAAAUGAGCUCGAAGAAGGAGAUAAAAGUCUUAUUGUCAAUGCUCAGAAAGUUUUACAGAGCGCCUUCCCGAAGGACAUUGAUCUGUCAAAAUCCAAUCCAGAAUAUAGCGGAAAGUUGAAAGUUUUAAGUCAAUUAUUAGCUAACGUGUAUGAAGAAUCCAAAGGCAAGGAAAAAAUAGUUCUCGUCUCUAAUUAUACUCAGAAUUCAUACAGCUAG